CAAAUCGCAGGUGAAAGAAAAGUAAUCUCACACCCGACGAUGCAAUUCUGUUCUUUUGCACGAUCACCUCUGCAUUAUAUUUAAGAUAUGCUAUAGACGAUCAGCAGACCAUAUUUAAUUUUUUUUGGUUUAAUAAAGACAUAUCGGCACAUUCACCAGUUAUUCGCACUUAAAGUGGACGUGUUUAAGAAGAUGGACGAGCAGUGGUGCUAAAAACAAACAAACUCUCAGCUCUAGUCCGAAUCUAUUUUCUAAUGCUGUUUAUCGCAUUGGAAACUUUCCUCACGCAUGAUCGCGGUAUUGAUUAUAUGAGACAUGCAGGACGACUAUAACGUGGAGAUAGGAUUCGUGAAACAGAUCCUCAGUUUGAAUCUGGUGCCGAGGAAAAAUGCCACCAACUGCGGGAGGAACGACACCUCUCUGUGCAAUUUCAUAGAGAUGUGGUAUGGGGUGUUUCUGUGGGCUGUUGUCUCCUCGCUGGUUUUCCACCUGCCAGCUGCCCUCCUGGCCCUCGCAACACUCCGCAGACAUAAGAUGGCACGAUUCUUCCCCAUCGGCAUCCUUCUAAUGGGCAUCUUAGGCCCGCUGUUUGGAGGGGUUCUCACUAGUGCAGCCAUUGCAGGGGUUUAUAAGGCGGCUGGGAAAAGCAUGUUCUCCUUGGAGGCCUUGGUGUUUGGAGUGGGACAGUCUUUGUGUAUUUUUAUCAUAUCCUUCCUCAGAGUGCUGGCGACGCUGUAGCACUAAGACACUGGCACACCAGGCUGCCAUGAGGAGGAAACCAUUCAGUCCCCCGGGCAUCAUAUGCAAAACAUGGAGGCCUUACUUUCCAAACAGUCCCAACAAACUGUUUUUUUUAUACUGAAAAACUAUGUUAUCCCCCGCCCCCAAAUGGGUUUCAGGUGAGUGUGUUGUGAUGAAGCAGAUUAACAGGACUUUUCAUUAAAAAAAAAUUAAGCACAGAGAGCAAGCUUUAGCCUUGUGUUACAGGUGGUCAUCUUGCAUGUGUAAUUUGUUAAUUGAUCAUGGCAAGAGAUCCACAAAAUGCAGGAAUUCCUUGACAGAUUUAGUCUUUUUGAUGCUAGUUUCUUUUCAUUGUCCUUACAUUGUACUUAAACAUUUUUGAAUGAGGCAAAGACAAUGUUGACUGGCUCAAGUCGGUGUGUUUUUAGUUUUGCUCUGUAAAUACUAAAGCCCAUUCUAGCCCUUACAUUAUGCUUGAGGGGAACAAAACUUUUUGCACUUCUUAUAUUAAUUCUUUAGGCCAAAGGCUAUACAUUUGUUUCAAGUUUCUUUGUCUCUUUCUAUCAUAAUGUUAUAUAAUUUUUUGCCCCUGAUUGUGUGCAUGUUUGAGGAGAUUACAGUAGAACACACAUGGAGGUAAAUAAGUGUGGACUUUGACAUGGAAAUCUCUUUACAGCAUACACAUUCCCUUCUGGAGUUAAGUGGCUUAUUUAUUUUUCAGUUGGCCUCCUGGGUUUGGACAUCACAUUGUUCUAUAUAUAUAUAUAUAUAUAUAUAUAUAUAUAUAUA